AUGUUGAGCAGAAUUACAUCAAUUUUGUUGAUUGUAAUUUUGGCCUUAGCCUACAAGGCCAUUAAACCUCCACCCCUAAGAAGAUGUGGUUCACCAGGUGGUCCACCCAUAACAGCACCAAGGAUAAAGCUGAGAGAUGGAAGGCAUUUGGCUUACAAAGAAUACGGUGUUUCAAGAGAAUUAGCCAACAAGAAGAUUGUAUUCAUACAUGGAUUUGGAUCUUGCAGACAUGAUACAGUCAUAGCCACAAACCUUCCAUCUGGGUUGCUUGAGGAGUUAGGAGCAUGUAUUGUGUCUUUUGAUAGAGCAGGGUAUGGAGAAAGUGAUGCUGAUCCAAAAAGAAGUGUCAAGAGUUUGGCUCUUGAUGUUGAGGAACUUGCAGAUAAUCUGGAAUUGGGAUCCAAGUUCUAUGUUGUUGCACCCCAAAAUUUUCCCUCUCAUGUUUUCCAAAGAUGCCUCAAAUUCAUUCCUCACAGGCUUGCUGGGGCAACAUUGCUGACUCCAGGGAUAAACUACUGGUGGCAUGGACUUCCUUACAACAUGUCCACAAAGGCCUAUCAUGAGAAACUUUCACGAGACCAAUGGGCACUUCGAGUUGCUCAUUAUGUUCCAUGGCUUACAUACUGGUGGUUUACUCAAAACUGGUUUCCUACUUCAAGUGCCGUACAUUUUGAAACUUGGGAUUUUGAUCCACUUGAUCUUCAUAACCCUUUCCCGGAUAAUACAACCCAAGUUCAUCUAUGGCAAGGUGCUGAUGAUCUCAUUGUCCCUGCUAUGCUGCAACGAUAUAUUGCUCAAAAACUUCCAUGGAUUCAAUACCAUGAAUUACCAGGUGCUGGACACUUGUUCCCAUUUAUCGAAGAAGUGAGUGUAGCUAUCAUCAAAACACAAUUAAUGGAUACAGAAUAG